UGUCAAUGCUCUGUAGGGGAAUUGGCGAUAAUGCAGAAUUAAUAAUGUCUCUUAAAAUAUUUAAUUUAUUUAGCGUUUUUAUAAUAUAUUUAGUAAUAUUUACAUCUAAAUGUUAUAGCAAUGAUAUAUUAGGAUGCGGUGGCUUCGUGAAAAGCCAUGCAAGUUUGGACUUCUCCAAAAUUGAAAUCGGCUUGUAUACAAAGGAAGGCAGUUUAAAGGAAAAAACGGAGUGCGCUCCUACAAAUGGAUAUUAUUUCCUGCCCUUAUAUGAAAAGGGCGAAUAUGUUUUAAAGGUACACCCUCCCGCUGGGUGGAGCUUUGAGCCAUCCGAAGUGGAACUCCGGAUAGAUGGUGAAACAGACCAGUGCUCCACUGGUCAGGACAUCAAUUUCGAUUUUAAUGGCUUUGGUAUAACUGGAAGAGUGAUAACAGCGGGACAGAAGCAGGGACCGAGAGGCGUUGAUGUCCAGCUGGUAAAUGAGACAGGAGAUGUCAGAAAAACCGUUACAACUAUUGGUGGUGAUUUUCAUUUUACACCAGUCAUACCAGGGAAAUAUGUUGUAAAAGCCAGUCACUCGAAAUGGAAGCUAGACCCGGCUCAGACAGUGGUGCAAGUAAAGGAAGGUAACACAGCCCUACCAGUGGGAGCUCUGUCUGUGAAGGGCUAUGACGUGACAGGGUCUGUUGUGUCAUUUGGCAGCCCUAUUGGCGGUGUUUAUGUGCUGUUAUACUCAAAAGAGGAGAAUCCAAAGUUCCGAGUAGAAGGCUGUAAAACCGCCCUACUCCAAGGCGUUCCAGAUGCUCCGAUCUGUUACUCGGUCACGGAUUCCUCUGGAGAGUUCCACUUUAACUUGGUACCAGCCGGGCAGUAUCGGCUAUUGGCUCUGAACAAAUCACCUGGUCAAGCUACUCUGACGUAUAGUAUUAAGCCAGAUGCCGUGCCUUUUACUGUACUCCAUGAUAGCUUGUACAUCAAGAAUGCUUUUGAAGUAACAGGCUUCACAUCAUCAGGCCGUGUGGUGCACACAGCUGGUGGCAAGGGUGUGGCCGGAGUGAGAGUACUGCGUAACGGACGUGCCGUCGGUAACAGUGACUCUGAUGGACGCUUCACUCUUACUGGACUCAAGCCUGGCACUUAUACACUUACUUUUGAACAUGAGGAGUGCCAGUGGAACGAGCUGUCGCUAGUGGUGGGUCCCAGCGGGCCCAGCGCGGCGCCCCUGGCGGUGGUGGCGCGCUGGCGGGUGUGCGGCGAGCUGGCGCCGCCCGAGCCGCGCUGGGUGCUGCUGGGCGCCGCCCGGGUGCAGGCCGGCGACGACGGUAAAUGGUGCAUAUUCCUACCUCCCGGAGAGUACGAGGCGAAGGUCGAGGUGACUGAAGAUGAGCAGAGGGAAGGUUUACAGUUCUACCCCGAGCGGCAGGCGGUGGCGGUGGCGGGCGCGCGGCGCGGCGUGUCGUUCGGGCAGGUGCGCGCGCGCCUGGCGGGCCGCGUGCGCUGUGACGUCACGCCGUGCGCCGGCCUGCGCGUGGCGCUGCGCCCGCUGCCGCCCGACGGCGGCUCGCCGGGCGCGCCGCGCUACGCGGACGUCGUCGACGGCGAGUACAGCUUCUCGGAGGUGGUCCCGGGCGGCGUGGAGCUGUCGCUGCCCGAGGAGCGGCUGUGCUGGCGGCAGGCGGCGCACCACGUGGCCGUCACCCAGCGCGCCCACACCGCGCCCGACUUCGUGCUCGCCGGGCUCGCCGUGCUGGUCAGCGCCUCGCACGACCUCGAGCGCGCCCACACCGCGCCCGACUUCGUGCUCGCCGGGCUCGCCGUGCUGGUCAGCGCCUCGCACGACCUCGAGCGCGCCCACACCGCGCCCGACUUCGUGCUCGCCGGGCUCGCCGUGCUGGUCAGCGCCUCGCACGACCUCGAGCGCGCCCACACCGCGCCCGACUUCGUGCUCGCCGGGCUCGCCGUGCUGGUCAGCGCCUCGCACGACCUCGAGGUGGAGUACUUCAACUCAGAUGACAUGGACCAGAUCGAGUACUCGGGCGCGUCGGGCACGUCGGGCACGCUGCGCGUGCCGGCGGGCGACAGCCGCCAGUGCGUGCCGCCGGACACGCGGUACACGCUGCGGCCGCGCGCCUGCCACCGCCUGCGGCCCGAGAGCGUGCUGGUGGAACUGGGCGGGGAGGAUGUACCUAAAGUGAAGUUCGUAGCGAUAGCCCACGCUUCGACUAUAAAGAUAAUUUCCCCCGAAUCGGCGACGGACGUGGUGUUAAAAAUAACCGCAGACGGAAAGACCGAAGACGUGCCUCUACAGGCGACAAAACAAGACGAUGUCUACGUUUACGAGCACACUUUGUAUUUGGCGGAAGGUGCGUCAGCGGAGGUGUCCCCGCAGUCGUCGUCCUUACUGUUUAGUCCGCGCGGACCGCAGCACGUGUUGGGGGGGUCGGAUUGUGCGCACGCGCUCACACUGACUGCGGCGCGCGCGCUGCUGCUGGAUGGCCGGCUGCGACCUGCUGUGGAGGGGGCGCUCGUCACGCUGCGGGGGGGGGACGUAGAGCUAAACUACACGACGACAGCCGACGGUACAUACAGCUUCGGUCCACUGGACGCGGAGGUGCAGUAUACCGUGCGGGCGUCCAAGGACUCGUACUCGUUUGAGGAACCCGACGAAAAUGGUGACAUAGUUGCGCACAAACUGGCUGAGAUCACUGUCAAGUUGAAGGAUAAGGCCGAUAAUUCUCCGUUAGAGGGCGCGCUAGUGUCGGUGUCCGGGGGCUCGUUCCGCCGCAACGUGGCGUCCGGCGAGUCGGGCGAGCUGAAGUUCGGGGCGCUGGCCCCCGCGCAGUACUACGUCAAGCCGCACAUGAAGGAGUACCGCUUCGAGCCUGCGCACGCGCUGGUCACCGUCGAGGACGGCAGGGAACACGCCGUGCUCUUCCGGGGCGUACGUGUGGCGUGGUCGGUGGUGGGGCGGGGCGUGUCGCUGGGCGGGGCGGGCGCGGCGCGCGUCCCCCUGCGGGCGCGGCCCACCACGCCGCACGCCGCGCACUGCGCGCCGCAGGACGCCUCCACCACCGACACCGGGGACUUCAGAAUCCGUGGCUUGUUGCCUGGUUGCGUGUACGUACUAGAAUUAAAGGCGGGUGACCCCGCGACGGCUGGCAGCGUUCUAGCCAAGCAACCGCCACCUUUCGAAGUGAAAGAAAAGGAUAUAGAAAACGUCCAGCUAAUAAUAAUACCAUUCGAGCACAUAACGGACGCGAACGUCUUGAUUAGAACUCCAAAUAUAGAUCAUUACAAGACGCUCAGGCUGACUCUCACAGAAGAUGCAUCUCAAAACCCCAUAUACACCACAAAGCUAGACCCCCUCGGCUUCUCGCAGGUCAACAACCCUGGUCUAAUGUACUACAUGCCGAGGCUUUUACCAGAUAAUAAGACCUACGUGUUGCUGUUAGAGUCAACGCUUUCAAAAGCGACAUAUGUGUACGAGGAGCCUGCGUUUUAUUUCAAGUCGGACGGCAGUUUCAAGUAUUUCAAUAUUGAUUUCGAACCGAAGCUGCGGCCGGCGGCGGAGGAGGCGGGGCGCGCGCCGCUGCUGCUGGCGCUGGGCGCGCCGCUGCUGGCGCUGUUCCUGGCGCGCGCGCGCCUCGCCGCGCUGCUGCGGCCCGAGCGCGGGGAGCGCGGGGAGCGCGGGGAGCGCGGGGAGCGCCGCGCGCGCAGGAACUAG